UCCGAUUAUGAGUAUUAAUGCUUGAUGAUUUCCAUGGUUGAGUAUUACUAAUAUUUAUUUCUUUGUUUCUAGUAUUAGCAUGGGCAAUUAUACCAGUAGAGUUCGGACAAAACUUUGGCUUGUAUGAGUUCCGAUCAUGGCGGUUGCUUUGCAUGGUGUAUGCAUCAAUCUUCAUCUUGGCCGCAGGACUCUUAUCCUUCGGGCCAGAGAGUCCAAAGUACCUCGUCUCCCAAGGAAAACAUGAUGAGGCUCUACAAGUACUGAGGACGAUGUAUGCGGCGAAUAAAGGAAAAUCGCCUGAAGAUUUUCCUAUAAAAUCUCUGAAAAUACCAGAUGAACCAGAAAGAAGUAAAGUUAGUUUCUUGAAAUCUUUAAGAGUUCAGAGUGUGCCGCUGAUGACUCCACCUCUCGUCAAGUGGUUGCUGCUCAACGGAUUUUUACUUUUUGGAAUAUUCAAUGUAUUGAAUGGUCUGUGGAUGUGGGUACCCGACGUAUUAAACAGAGUUCUAUCUGACGGUGGCGAGGCGAGUAUGACCGCGUGUGACAUUAUAGCGUUAGGACAGAACGCAACUGUACAAGAGGGCGAAUGCAACGACACUAUAAACACGAUUACAUAUCAGAUAAAUGCUAUAGCAUCAGUUUGUGGUGCUCUCAUAGCUUUAGCAGCGAGUAUUGCAGUAAAGUGUAUAGGGAAAAGGUGGUUGAUUUUCGCAACAUUCACAGUGAUCGGUGUGUUUAAUAUCCUAAUAAACGUGACCACCCAGCAGCUAUUGUUCGCUGCGUUAUUGUCGUCUCUGUUACUCUCCGCACUAGCUAUUGGUCCCAUCAACGCUUACAGUGUGGAACUAUUUCCAACGAACUUGAGAGGGAUGGCGGUCAGUUUAUCUAUGAUGAUAGGAAGAUCGGGCUCAAUAGUCGGCGCCAACCUAACAGGAGUUAUGAUAAAUUCGACAUGCGAAGGAAUGUUCUAUAUGUUCGGAUCACUCAUGUUGUUUUGCGCUCUACUGUCAUUUAUACUACCAAGAUCAAGAUCUACAGUUCCUCCGAAAAAGGAAGAGUUUGUAACUAAAUUAUAAUAGUCAUAGACUUAAUUUAGACUUUUUUACCUCAAUUAGGUAUGAAGAAAUCGAGCAUAGGUACGUGACAUUUCUAUUUCUCAAGUGAAAUAGAUCGUCGCGCUUUCUUGGAAGAUUCCCGUAAAAUAAAACUAUUGAAAUUUUUAUUAAAACAGCUGAUUAUUUUUUAUAGAUACAGUAAAGAUUUAUUCCAAAGAAAAUAAAUAAUUUGUUAUUAUUAUUGGUAA